AGUUUUGAUUGAAGACAUGAUAAUAGGUGCGUGUAGUAACAUUUCCAUUUCAUUUGGAGAGACACAGUAGUUAGUAGUGAGUAGUGAGAGGGAGGAAGCAGAAGUGAAGCGAUGAAUGCCCCAAAUCGUUAUGAGUGUUUUGUCGUCCUUGAAGGCACCAAAAAGGUUUCUUAUGAGAGGGACACGAAGAUCAUCAAUGUGGCGUCCUUCACCAUCGAGAGAGAGGAGCACACUAUCAGCAACAUCCUCCACAUGCAGCUGAACAGAGACCCCAAUGUCUUGUUUGCCGGAUACAAGCUUCCUCAUCCUCUUCAAUACAAAAUUAUUGUCAGGGUUUGCGAUAUGGAUGCUAUGUUCUCUUCUAUUUUUUCUGGAGAUUGUGCACCUUAUAGCCCCGCUAAGUUUUUAUACAAGUUUGUAUAUGGUGAUGGCGUGUAAGUUUGUGAUUGAAUAAAUGGUUUUGUUUCAGUUGGUGGUAGCACGCAACAAACCUUGCCACUUAUGAACAACAGGAUGCACAUGAGUUUUUCAUUUCCAUGCUUGAUCGAAUCCAUGAGAAGGUGGAGAAGGUUAGGCGUAAGCACAUAGUGAAGGUAAUAUGUUCCGACAGUGACACUGAUAUAUUCUUUUCACCUUCUUUGAAGUGCCUGCUUGUUAUUGUUAUAGUUAUAAUUUUUGGUUGGGUUUAGUUUCAAUUUUGUGGCAUGAAGGGAUUUUUUUUGUAUUAAACCACUUAUUCUAAUGUCUUCUUAAUAUUCAAUUUAAACAGAAUAUCAAAAUAAAAUUAAAGCUUGUGAGGAAUGUUGAAACUUCUGACCCUGUGUGCUAAUAGAAUCUUUAAGCUGGCUUGAUUUGGUUUAUACAACAAAUUAUUUUUUGGAUAAAUUCAAGUCUUCCAUCCUUCCUUGCUUAACAUUGGUUUUGUAGUUUUUGUCUAACUUCAGUGGAAGCUGUUGUGGCUUCUUUGUGUCUUUCACUCAAAUUUUUAACUAGUGUUUAUUUAUGUGUAUUUUAGUCAUGGUUCAUAGGGCUAAGGUACUAUCUUUUAAAAAAUAUAGGGAAUAUUGGAACACAAGUCUUUUUGUCCUCUUAUUGCCGUCAAGGACACUACUAGAAUUAUGCUAUCUAAGUCGGUUAUGCAGAACCGCCUUAGAUAGUGGCGCGAUGACAAACUUAUAAUUAUGAAAGCUGAGAAUAAUUUUUUACAAUGUAAAUUUUAAGGCGGUUAUAAAUAACCGUCUUAGUAACUUGCUGGGUGGCAUUUUUGUAAAUAUAUGAAAAAAAUUCAAAGACGGGUUUGGACCAAAGCCGCCUUUGUUUUAUUUCCCUCAAAUUAGGGAUUACAGCCAUCCCUUUCCACUGUUGACCCAGCGUCUAAUGCUGUGUUCAAAGACAACUCCAGCGUCCCCUUUGGUCUUCACUAAGCCCUGUUGAAGAGAACUUUGUGACCCAUCAUCACUAAGCCCUGUCGAAGAGAACUCUGUGACCAUCACUAAGCCCUGUUCAAGGUGUGUCGUGCCGCGGUCGUAUCGCACGAACUGGUAGGGGCUUUUAUUUUGCCUUUAUCGAUUAGCAACACAUGAACGAAGGGCAGCUUGCUUGCGGCUUCAACAUCUGCCAACCAAACCCUUAGUCAUCUAGGAUUUAAAGGGCUUCUCUGAGAGGAGAGGAACGAGUAGGGACUGCACAAGAGGAAUAAGAGGUAUUCGAUUGAUUGGAAAAGGUGUUGGUGUUGGUGUUUGAAUAUGAAAGAGGAUCGAGACUUUAUGGUUUUGUCAUAUGCUUUGCUGCUGGAUUAACUUGUACGCUAUUGUCUAUGCUUGUUUUCUUCAAACCAAUCAAGUUUGUGAUAGCAUUCACUCUUGGUAAUUUGCUUUCACUUGGAAGGUUCUGGUAUCCUUGGUCUACCGCUUCCUAGUUGCUUAACCUCACUGUUGUGUAGAAGAUUGUACCAACCUUUUUACUUGGUUGUUGAAUUGAAUAAUAAAGUAUAUUUGGGACGUCGUGUUUGAUUUUUUAUUGCUAAAGGCUAGGAAAGGGUGAAUAUACCUCCAAUAGAAGGACCCAUGGCAACACCCCCAAGAUCCCCUCCACCUCCUACAUCCCCUCCACCUGCUGAUUCACCAAGCGCAAUCUCAAAACCGAAGACUCGACAAGCAACCAGGCUGAGGAAAUUGACUGCAAGAACCUUGGAUCAACCAUGACCAAUUGUGCACGUGAACCCCACUACUGGUAGAGGUUCUGGUCCAGAAAAAGAUAAAUUUCACAGUUACUUGGGGGUAGUGGCACGAGAGAAAAUCCCUAUUGUGCAUUCAUCUUGGAAAGUUGUCCCGGAAUCACUUAAAAAUAUUGUAUGGAAUGACAUUUUGGGAAAAUUUGACAUCCCGGAAGGAACUGCUGCCAAGAAAAAGGUCAUGUCUACUGUUGCGACCAGAUGGAGGCAAUUUAAGUCCUCUCUGACCACUAGAUAUAUAUAUGCUGAGAAACAAGGUGAAGAUAACCCUGAUACAGCUUCUAAGUAUGGAAUAGAGCAACAAAUAUGGGAGCAAUUUGCAAAGAGUCGACAGACCCCAACUUG